GAGCACUUCCGGAACACGGACCUGGCGGCGCAGGGGCGGAAGGCGCGGGGCGAGGCGCCCCACCGCAUCCACGUCGUGCUCGACAACGUGCGCUCCGCGGAGAACGUGGGCUCCAUCUUCCGCAGCGCCGACUGCGGCCGGUGCCUCGAGGUCGUGACGUGCGGCUUCACGCCGAAUCCCCUGUCGACGGCCAAGCUCGCGAAGACGGCCUUCGGCGCGGAGGCCGCCGUGGCGCACCGCCACUUCGAGUCGACGAAGGCGGCCGUCGAGGAGUUGAAGGCCGCGGGGGUCUCCGUGUGGGCGCUCGAGACCGUCGACGGCGCGGCGCCCUACGCGGCGGCGCCGCUGCCGCCCGGCGCCUUCGACGGGCCGGGCGUCGCCCUCGUCCUGGGCAACGAGGUCACGGGCGUCGACGGCGCCGUGCUGCCCCUCGUCGACGCCGUCGUCGAGAUCCCGACCUUCGGCACGAAGAACUCCAUGAACGUCGCCUGCGCGGCGACGACGGUCAUCUUCGACGUCCUCCGCCGCUGGCGC